AUGUCCAGCAAUGUCCCGGCGGAUAUGAUCAAUUUGCGCCUCAUCUUGGUUAGCGGAAAGACAAAAGAGUUCCUGUUUUCUCCAAAUGACUCUGCUUCUGACAUUGCCAAGCAUGUGUAUGACAAUUGGCCAAUGGACUGGGAAGAAGAGCAGGUCAGCAGCCCAAAUAUUCUACGACUUAUUUAUCAAGGACGAUUUCUACAUGGAAAUGUCACAUUAGGAGCAUUAAAACUUCCUUUUGGCAAAACAACAGUGAUGCAUUUGGUGGCCAGAGAGACAUUGCCAGAGCCAAACUCUCAAGGUCAGAGGAAUCGUGAGAAGACUGGAGAGAGUAAUUGUUGUAUAAUCUUGUAA